GUUGAAUAACUGAUGAAAUAGACAGAUUUUUCAAUGAGAAUGAUUUUUAUUGAUAAUAGUGAUUAAUAUUUUAAUAGUAAAAAAGAGUUUAUUGACGACGUUGUUAUUGAGUGUUCUUUAGUGUGAGCCAAGCGGUGCGCGAUCUAUGAAGCUGUGCCAUGCGCCCUCCUACUGACAACAUUAAGGAUUGUGAGAGCACUGGGCAGUACUGGCAAGGAUGAUAAAGCUGUAACAUUACCGCUCAUGCCUCCUAAGUUCACGGCUGGAAUUACCUGUAGUCUUACAACCUUUUAUUAUAUGAUAUGUAAAUUUUGAAAGAAGAUCCGAAGAUCUUAACGAUUAUGGAGAUUUUUAACGAAACAGAAAUCGAAGAUGAAAAUACAGGAAGUAAACCAAUGUUACCGAAAUUUAUCGAAGCUAUUAUGUGUAUUAUGUACGUCGCUAUAUCUAUAGCAGCAAUUGGAGGUAAUGGUAUUGUUUGCUACAUAGUGAUGGCUUAUCACCGAAUGAGGACUGUCACCAAUUUCUUCAUUGUUAACCUAGCUGUCGGUGACAUCUUAAUGGCUUGUCUCUGCAUCCCAUUUGGUUUUGUUUCCAAUUUACUGCUACAAUAUUGGCCAUUUGGAAGUGUCAUGUGUGUUCUUGUGUCUUAUUCUCAAGCAGUUUCUGUAUUCAUUAGUGCUUACACGUUAAUAGCAAUCAGCAUAGAUAGAUACAUCGCUAUCCUUUAUCCUCUUAGACCUCGUAUGACUAAACUCCAAGCGAAAAUUAUUAUAUUUGUGGUAUGGAUUGUGGCUUUAUUGACACCUUUACCUACAGCUAUCAUGUCGAGAUUAGGACAACCACCGGACUGGAUAGAGAAAAAUAUUACGGAACUGUACGUUUGUACCGAAGCUUGGGAAACGGACGAACAAAGAUAUUAUUACAGUAUGGCUCUUAUGAUAUUACAGUAUUUUUUCCCAUUGAUUGUGCUUAUUUAUACGUAUACAAAAAUUGCUAUAGUCGUCUGGGUCAAAAGAACACCCGGAGAAGCGGAAGAUGCUAGAGAUCAAAGAAUGGCAGCAUCUAAAAGAAAAAUGAUUAAAAUGAUGAUAACCUGUGUGACUGCUUACUCCUUGUGCUGGCUUCCUCUCAAUACUUUUGUUCUUGUGGGGGAUCAACAUCCUGAGAUUUACAAACUACCAGAAAUCAUCUACGUUUGGUUUGUGUGUCAUUGGUUAGCCAUGAGUCAUACCUGUUAUAAUCCUCUUAUAUAUUGUUGGAUGAAUACGAAGAUGAGAGCCGGUUUUCAGCAUGUUUAUCGUAGUGUUUUCUGUCUUCGACAAUCUACCCCAAAAGAUUUGUUAGAAGUUACACAAAUAUCUACCGUUCAUUAUGGUCACGGACAGAAAAUUAGUGGUCAUCCACUCUCGCGAAAAUUCACUCACAUAACCAAUGAUGGCGAAAAGAUGUAUAGAAUUAAAUGACAAAAAUGAUGAUAACAAUAGUAACAAUUUUCACAUUGUGUUGGUUACCACUGAACACUUUAAUCGUUGUAGCUGACCAAGACGAGCGAGUAUGGAAGUAUGAAAACAUCAUUUA